GGUGCCUGCCUCUCUCCCUGAACUAGGUGGUGCGUCUGCCAGAAGAGGAGCUAUGUUUGAAGAGCAGCCUCCUCCACCCCUUUGCUCUCUGGCCCCUGAACACCACACACUGGCAUUUUGAAAAAAGCAGUUGCCUCCAGAAACUGAGCACCCCCGAGCCCUACCCCCAGCCCCGGUGUUUUUUGCUUCUUGAGGAAUGGAGCUUCGCAGAGGCUGUGUUUAGAUUCAACAGUUCAGAGCGGCGGGGCUGCAGCUGCCGCCUCUCCGAAGAGCUCGCGGAGCUCCCCAGAGGCGGUGGUCCCCGUGCCUGUCUGGAUGCGGCUCUGAGUCUCCGUGUGUCUCUCUGCUUGUUGCUGUGUGCGGGUGUUCGGCCGCGAUCACCUUUGUGUGUCUUCUGUCUGUUUAAACUUCAGGAUGGCUCGCUUCGGGGAGGCGGUGGUCGGCAGGCCGGGGUCGGGCGAUGGAGACUCGGACCAGAGCAGGAACCGGCAAGGAACCCCAGUGCCGGCCUCGGGGCCGGCGGCCGCCUACAAGCAGUCGAAAGCGCAGAGGGCGCGGACUAUGGCUUUGUACAACCCCAUUCCAGUCCGGCAGAACUGUUUCACCGUCAACAGAUCCCUGUUCAUCUUCGGAGAAGAUAACAUUGUCAGGAAAUACGCCAAGAAGCUCAUCGAUUGGCCGCCAUUCGAGUAUAUGAUCCUGGCCACCAUCAUUGCCAACUGCAUCGUGUUGGCCCUGGAGCAGCAUCUUCCUGAGGACGACAAGACCCCGAUGUCCCGGAGGCUGGAGAAGACAGAACCCUAUUUCAUUGGGAUCUUUUGCUUUGAAGCUGGGAUCAAAAUCGUGGCCCUGGGGUUCAUCUUUCAUAAGGGCUCGUACCUCCGCAACGGCUGGAAUGUUAUGGACUUCAUCGUGGUCCUCAGUGGCAUCCUGGCCACUGCGGGAACCCACUUCAACACUCAUGUGGACCUGAGGACCCUGCGGGCUGUGCGUGUCCUGAGGCCCCUGAAGCUCGUCUCGGGGAUUCCUAGCCUGCAGAUCGUGCUGAAGUCCAUCAUGAAGGCCAUGGUGCCUCUCCUGCAGAUCGGCCUUCUGCUCUUCUUUGCCAUCCUGAUGUUUGCUAUCAUCGGCUUGGAGUUCUACAGUGGGAAGUUACAUCGAGCAUGCUUCACGAACAAUUCAGGUAUUCUAGAAGGAUUUGAUCCCCCUCACCCAUGUGGUGUGCAGGGCUGCCCGGCUGGGUAUGAAUGCAAGGACUGGAUCGGCCCCAAUGAUGGGAUCACGCAGUUUGAUAACAUCCUCUUUGCUGUGCUGACUGUCUUCCAGUGCAUCACCAUGGAAGGGUGGACCACCGUGCUGUACAAUACCAAUGAUGCCUUAGGAGCCACCUGGAAUUGGCUGUACUUCAUCCCCCUCAUCAUCAUUGGAUCCUUUUUUGUUCUCAACCUAGUCCUGGGAGUGCUUUCCGGGUAAGCCAGAUGUUUCACUCUCUCUCAACUUCUUUGCUGACUGCUAACUGUAAGCUAAUGCCUCCUGACUCAUGGCAGAUUCAUUCAUUUAGCCUUCAUUUAGAAGACAUUUACUGAGCAGCCCCUAUGUGCCAAAUGCUGUUUGAGACGCUAGGAAUGCAGUAGUGAACCGUCAUUCUAAUCAUCUUUAUUAUUCUUAGGAAUUAAAAAAAUCAUUGUGUCAGCACAACACUGAACACCAUAUUAAGCAAGAGUUCACUUACCCAUCCAUCCUUUCCUUCAGUAUCUCAACAAUCUCAGGCCUUCUGUGUCAAACAUUGUGCUCUUUGGUAGGGAUACAGAAUCGAACAAUAUACAGGCUUUCCCUCAAAUGAUUCUUAUUCUGUAGAAUAUUGGACACCAAAUCUUAUAGUUAUGGCCUGAAUUAGCUCACGCCCAUCUACAGGCAUUCAGUGUCCAAUACCAUGGUGAGCAUUGUGAUGAGCAUACAAAGUUAUGGUUCUUCCCUUUAAGAAACAUGUUUUGUGGAAAGACAACAAAAACACUUGAAACAGGAAACAGGAGGGUUGUUAUUUUUUCAUAAUUUUGUUUGGGAGAAAGGACAAUCUAUGUAGCCUGAAGUUAUCAGAGAUGGUUUCAUGAAGGAUUAGGAUUUUGCUCAGGAUCUAAGAUAUGUAAUAGAAUAACAUAUGAGAGUGAACAUUUCAGGAAGAGAAA